GAAUGGAAUCUGCUUUAAGCCUACGUAAAAAGGCCAUUUUGCCUAGAAAUACUAAGCUUACGAUGGCUUUAAUAUUAGCUUUGGCUACAUGUAACUUUACUUGCUACGCAGUUGAUUCUGAUUCAGGCGAAUAUGCUAACAGUACAUUGUCUGACGAAUAUUGGCCUGCUACUACUGAAUAUUCUCGUGGCCGUGCUGCUACUACCGAAGACAGUAUAUAUAAGGCUGCUCCAGACACUGAAGAGACGUCCAACCACACCAGAAACACUUCUGUGAAUAUUCCGGUGUUUUCAGCGUUUUCUACUAAGAUCGCAGAAAGAACCAAGCAGCUUUUAUCUUUUGACGAUCUACCCGCACUAAGUAGCAGUCCAAAUGAAGUCAGCGAAGCGUUUAAAGAGGAAUUUGGCGUACAACCAGCUGGCAUAGCUUUGAAUGACCAAACAUUCUUCGACGCUGUUAAACCAACUAUUACUGAGCAAUAUGGAAACCAUGCCUAUAUAAAGCUUAUUGGUUACGAGUUUACCUAUGAUAAAGUUUCUUUACCAGAGAAGGUUAUUAUUGGAAAAAAAGAGGCUGUCAACAAAGCUGAUACCACGGCUCAAAUCUCAUUAUCUAUUCGGGGAGAAUGGGAUGAAGCAACAAGUUACUCAUCAUUUGUUACACGUGAUUUGACAAUCGAGAACGAAGUCACUAUUAAAGGUAUUUUUCAAAUCAGUGGUGGUUCUUUUUCCGUUUCCGUUACAGCGGGAAAAUCAGAGUCAACGAGCUCAGCAACCUCAUUUGAAGCAACAGUUACAGCUGAAGUGCCUCCAAAGUCAAAGGUAGAAGUUAGCAUGGUUGGCUAUACAGAGACAGAAGAGGUAGGAUUUAGAGUCCCGAUUGAGGUGGAUGGUUGGUUUGGUGCAAACUUUGAAAGUCCCGUCAAAGACCAUUAUUUUUGGUUUAUGAGUGCAGACAAAGUGCUGCCGAAAACCAUCGGGGAAAUUAGUGGCGUUAUUAAACACGGUAGAUUGUUCAACACUAAAACUUACAUUGAAGAAGCUGUACCUAUUUGAGUUUUCAUUAUAAAUUCUACAAUAAGUCUUGAAAUCUCAAAAUUGGAGAUUGUCAUUCAAACUGUAGAUAGCUUUUGGGAUAUGGUUUGAUCCCGUUCUAACUUGGUCUAUUCAUGUUGAAAAGUUUUGUGAAAAAUCAAUGAGUAGAAUUUCAUUAUUACACAGAAAUCGUUGUUAUCUUGAUACUAUGGAUGCUUUAUAAAUCUCUGGUCUUACCUCUUUUCGAUAACACAGACGUCGUUUUUAAUGACGUUGUGAUUUAAUGAUGUAUACAGUAUACAGUACAUAGAGUAUUCUUACAAACAGUAUAUAGAUAGGCCAAAAAGACAUGUGUUACCUGUUACAAUUGAAAUUGGAAAAAUUUCAAGGAUAUACUUUUAUAAGCCAAAAAUUGGUCUCACACCUUGUUUGGCUGAUAUCUAUCAACAAAAUCUGAGCCUAUAGUAGAUUUUAGUCACACAUUGGCAACACAAACUUUAUGUGGCCUUGUGUAUUAAUUUAAUUAUAACAAAUUAACAUAUAUAUAUAAGUUCAUCAUUUAACUCCCGGAACAAAGACAAACAGAAUAUAAACAUAGUUUGAAAACAAUUUAAAGAAUAUCAAAGGCAACAGAAAAACAUAUAAUUACUGUAAUACAGUAAUUAUAUGUUUUUAUUUAUAAGUCAUCAAAUGUCAGUAGACUCUGAAACUGAGUCACUAGGGGCCAGAUUUAUCAAAAGCUAGAAAUCAGCUUAAAUUCAUCUUAAGUCCAUUUUCUUUGCUUAAGUCAGAUUUAUUAAUAUUGCUUAGCUUAAAAAUUGCUUAAAAUUAAAAAAGUCGAUUUUAUGCAUGCGCCAUCUAAGACGACUUUUAAGCUAAGAUUUUGCUAAGAUGGUUUGAUAAGUCAGCUUAAGAUAUUUGCUUAGGGACAUCUUAACUUUUUUGACUUAAGACAAGAUGAGAUUGAUAAAUCCCGGGCCUGGAUCUGAAGAUGAGUUCUCACAAAAUAGUGACUCUUCUGCAAAAAUUAGUGAUGUGUUGUCUGACAGUGACCAUUAUUAUAAUUGGUACUUUGAUGAACUGGUACACAGUGAAUCUGGUUCUGAACUGGGAAGCAUGGCUUCUGAUGAAUCAGACUUCUAAAGAAUGUCCGAUUGUUGUCUCGUAAGUUGAAUAAAUGUUUUGAUCACUCAUUAAAUACUUGCCUAUGGUUGUUAUUGUCAGUCCUACCAAACAUCAAACGAGACCAAUGAUUGUCUUUCUGUACCUGUAACUUUUAUACUUUACCAAUUAAUAAAUUUUCAAAAUUUGUUUGGUCCUCUUGGUGUUUAGUAGGACCUGUGUCUUCACUUCAGCCACAUACACAUAGUCUGAUUCAAGAAAAAAAGAAUCAAUAAUGUUUUUAAAGAUUUACUUUUAAUGACAUUCUGUCCAAAUAAUUACAGUAAACACAGCAUUCCUAUUAUUGAUACAUUCAGGCUAUUUGUAUAGUUUCUUGACAAGCUAUUAAUACAGUAUUUACUACCCUAUGACAUGGAUGAGUGUUUUGGUAUAUGCAUCUCAAAGACUUUGAACAUUGGUGGGGAAUUUUUUUUUGACAGCCCACCUAAAAAGCACAAGAAGAGCGAUUUGAAGCACUCAAACAGCUCGCCAAACAAUAUCAAGGGGAGUGAUUUGUAACUCACCCAUGAUUUUUAAAAGGCAAGACCUGCUGUAUACAAAAUCUAAGGAUGGUUUCCUUAUAAAAUUAUUGAAAUAAUAUCAAAUUUAUUUUGUAAAUUCAUAUACAAGUACAGUAAUAAAAAAUUGUAAAUACAGGUCUCCCACCAAUUAAAGACCAUGGCCUUUAGCAGCUUUCGUCUCUGAUUAAAAAAGUAAAGAUAAAAAAAGACAGUUGUUAAUAAAUAAUAUGGGACCAAACAAAAGUGAUCUUUAAGGGGAGGAGUAUUUAAUUAGAGGGAGACCUGUAUUUGAGAUCACCAAAGGGAAAUUCAGACAGUGACUCAGGCUGAUCAUAGACUGUUCUCCAUCAUUCAUAGAAUAUAUAAAAAAAGAAGAAAAUUUUGGCUUAAAUGCUUAUUUAUUUGAGCCAGAAUUUAGAGAAGAAGGUACAAAUACCGAAGAAGACACUGGCAUAGUCCAUCACAGGCUUUUGAAUACUGAGUGAAAGUAAAGAGAUGAAUGCAAAUUUAUAAAAUUAAUGAAUUUAAAAUAACUAAUAUUUUAAUUAUUUCAAUUUGCAAUUGUUUCAAGAUUUGUAAAUUAAUGCCCCAAUUCAGUCAUUUUUAUUUGAAUAAGAAAAUAAAAAGAUUUAAAAAAAAAAACGUACUUGGGUGAAAUCAAGCAUUAGGAGACAUAUGAGAACAUAUAAUGCACUAUUAAAAGAGCUGGAAUUUUGACUUGACAUCCUUAUUUGGAUAUGAAAAAUAAUAGAGAUUAAAGAAAAGAUGUACUUGGUUGAAAUCAUGGAUUAAACAUUCAGUAUGUAUACUAAUAGGAAAAGAUAAAAACCAGUCUUGGACAUGGUUUUGGAUUGGGAGACAACAAAUUACCAGUUCUGGGGUUCUACAAUGCUGCAGGUGUUUUGUCCCUCCAUAUGCGUAAUAAUGAAAGGAAUGCGAACUAGACAAUGCAAAUACCAGUGUAAUACAUUACUAGUUGUAGGGUUCUACAAUGACGCAGGUAGUUUUGUCCCUCCACCAUAUGUGAAAUAAUGAAAGGAAUGCGAACUAGACUAUGUCAAAUACCAGUUACGUUUUCAGUUGUGGGAAUCUACAAUGACGCAGGUAGUUUUGUCCCUCCAUAUGUGUAAAAAUGAAGGGAAAGUGAACUGGCUAUGUUAGAUACUAGUUACAUUAAUAAAGACAUUUCUGUUCUGUGGCUGAAACGUUUUAGAAAGCAGGCAACACCAGGAAAAGUCAUCUUGGAUGGUCAUGACUCUCAUGUACAGCCGAUUGAGGCCAUUGAAUUUGUCAUGGCUAAUAAUACUAUCUUGUGUGCUUGCCAACACACACCACUUAAUACUUGCAACCACUUGACAGGUCUGCGUUCAAAAACAUGCAAUCCUACUUCCUUGCAGCUGCUAACAACUGGAUGAGGAAUCAUCCUGGAAGGGGCAUCACCAAAUACCAAUUUACUACACUGGUCUAUGAGGCAAUUUGUUUUGAUUGAAUUUAGAACUUUAUAAAAAGAUAAAAUUGCAUCUUACAAUCAAAAUUUCCUUAAGACAUUAAAUGACAAGAUCACUGGUUGAAUCUUAACAGGCAAGUAAAUUAAAAAUUAUUAUGUAGAGAAAGGUAACCAAAUGGUUAAUGUAUCAGUUAAUAAAUACUGACUGCUUAUAUAAAUGUUAUAAAAAGUGAUUAUUAUUAAAUCUGUUAACAUAAAUAUAUUAAUUUUAAUGAAAUGUUUCGGAUUAAUGAAGAAUAUUUAGACUGCCCACUAUAAGCAAUGUAUCGCGAAUGAUUAAAGGAGUACAGUAUUAACAUUUUGUUCUUAAUGAAAGAAAAUUUGAUUAAGAAAUAUAAAGAAUGUAUGAUUGUAAUUGUAUUCUUAUGAAAAACAUUUAAAUUUUCAUUUUUAAGUUAAGUAUUGAUAAUAAAUUCAAUAUUCAAAUGAAUAGAACACAAUUGGGGGAUGCAUAGAGUUGAAUGACCAAUUCCGUCGUAUACCGAAAAUGUAUGGACAGGCCGACAUAACAAAAAACUAGUCGCACAAGUGUGGCGCCAGAUAUGGUAAAACUAAACGUCACAGAUUUAUCUACAAAACUGAAAUAGUCAUUGCAGACAAUAUUUCUCAUUUCCCUACUCCUGAACACUGUUCAUAGAUACACCGAUGGCCAUGUCAUCUUGACAAUAACAGACGAUAUGCUGUUUUCUCUAUCGAACCGUCUCAACGUUCUUGUUUAACUCGCCAGCUCACAUCAUGCACCAAAACUUAAUAACAUUAACAUUAUUUAUGUUGCUUGGGUAAUGAUACCAGCCCCAUCAGAUUAUAUCUGGCACCAAAAAGACAUUUUUAAGCUACAAAUGUCCGUUUGGACAAUAGCCCAGGCGUUACGGCCCAGGCGUGGUUGCAGCUCUCCUUCGCCUCCUCACACAUGCACGACGAAAUCUAAAUUUAGUAGCAAAGCUACGCUAUCGAUUUGUAGAUUUACCUCUUACUAAUUUAGCUCCACUCCUGACCACUACAAGUAAAUAUGUUGAUGGACACAUCACCUGAAAAAUCAUAGAAGAUACGCCAUUUGCCUGAUAUACUUUUACACAUUGGAAAUUAUCUGUUUAGUUUAGAAUAGCAGCAGUAGUGAUUUUGUAGUUAUCUUGUUUUCAAAAAAAUCAAAACCUGUUCUAUAAGAUUAUCUUUUGACAGGACACAAGAAUGCCAGGUUUACCAGUACGACAAUACAAAUAUGAAUAAUGUUACAGAAAAUUGGAUUUGUGAUCAAUUUUGUUAGUGCCUUAAGAAAUGCUAACACUACGCACCAAUGGUGGGCGAAAAAACCUCACAUGGCCGAGAGGCAGUAACUGUCUCCAUAUUUUUCUUUGAUGUCAUUUCUGUCCCUUCAAAACAAACGUGGAAAACCACUAGAAUUGCAAUAAAUGCCCUUAGGAAUAAGAAAGAGGUUAUAAGAAACAGCAUUUUAGAGCAGAAUUAGAGCACCAAGAGAAAAUUUGCUGUGGCAUAUGCAUUGCUAUUAAAAAAAAAUAACAAUUUUUGUUUUAUUGUUUUGAUUACAGUAUAUUAACUAUAUCAAUAGAUAGUUUUACUACCACAGUAAUGCACAUUUAUAUCUAUGCUUUGAAUGCUGAAAAUCAGCUGAAUCAAGGGGCAAAGGGAUAUUUUUGUAGCUCAAACGCGCAGUUAGUUAGGUACCAGGUUUCCAGCUAUCCCAUCACUCAAGGAAGACAUGGAAGUAGAACCUGUCCUGACAUCGUAAGAUGGAGGACCAGAUGCAUGGACUUAACAAGUGACAUCAUCCAACAAGUUACCUAAUCCUACCACUACCUUAUUUGGAACAAAUAACUAGAACAUCCAAAAAAGCACAAUUAAGAACUUUUAAUACAUACAAGGAGUGGAGCUAAAACUUGUUGACAGGAGCAAGCAACUGGGAAUGGUCUAUGGGAAAUGUAAAAAUACACACUUAACGAUGAGGAUGUCUUUAGUCGAUACUCAUGGAUGUGUCCACUGUCGAGAAAAACUAGCAAAGAAGUCACACAGGUCUUAGUUGAUGUAUACUUGGAUUAAACAACACUCAGAUCAGGGUGGUGAAUUGAAGAAAGCAUUGAGAAACUUUGUAACAAAUUUCAAAUAACAAUAAUAUGGUGAUUCUCCUAUCACCCACAUUCGCAGGGGAAGGAUGAAAGAUCACAUAGAAGUCUGAGAAAAAAAUUGCGUUUAAUUUGGCGAAUUUAAGAACACGUAGAGUAAAUUGGACCUGCUACUUGAAAUAGUAUUAGUAAGAUUAAAAACCCGAUAUCACAUGAAGCAUAGAUAAUCACUUUUCUACCACCUACUUUUUGCUUAUUGGCAUUGUUAUUUUCCAGUAUUUUGCCUUUUAUUGUAUAUAUUAAAUAUGGCUUCUCUCUGACUCAACCAUCAUAUUUCAGAAGCGUGUCUACACUGGACUGUGAUGACAAAAUUCGGCAAACUGCGUUCGACAAACCGGGUUUCGGAAAACUGGGUUCUUGUGUUUUCGGUGAACUGUAUUCGGUAAACUGGGUUUCAGAAAAGUGAUCAUAAACUCGGCAAACCGGGUUUCGGCAAAAUGGACUUCCACAAACUAGUCGGAUACUAUUGAGUACAAACCACAGGUCUAAUACGGUAUUUCACGGCAUAUCACCAGCGCAGGGGACUAUGGUGGGCUGAGCAGCGUUUACUCUCCUUUAGCCUGGGUUCCAGGCCCUAAUUUUAGGUUACUCACUCUUUAUUGCACUUACCUAAUUUAAUUGGCGUCCCAUACUUUUUUUUCGAAUUAUUCCGUUUAUCUCUAAAUUAACUUUCUCAUUGGUGGCACUGUCCAGAACGAGAAAAAUAAUAAAAAAUAAGAGACGUGGCAAGUCUAACACUCCUUCUGCGUAUGACCAUUAGUCGGCACCCGAAAUCGACCUUCAAACCAUCUCUCACAAAUCCUUCCUCCCUCCCUUACUAUGCUGCUCCAAUAAACUAGGUUACUAGGCCAUGACAAUUCCCACAAAUCUAGAACAACUCUUUUAAAAGAUCGUGUAAAUAGCGCCGCGUAGGGUAU